GCGGCGUGACCCGAGUGAAGGGCUCCAUCUGCUGGCGACACCCACCAACAACAACAUCACCACCAGCAACACCACCAGCAACACCACCAUCACCAACAACAUCAUCACCGCCAUCGCCAGCGAGCAUGGCCUCGGAUAGUUCGGAGGCCAAGCGGAUACGGGACGAGGAGGAGGAUGAGGAGGAAGAGGAGAAAGAGAACGAGGAGAACAAGAAUAAGAAGGCAAAGGAGGACGUCGUAGAGGAGAAAAAUGAGGGAAAAGAUGUGAAGGACGAUGGUGGUGAGAAGGAGGAGGAGGAUGAUGCCUGGGUCGGGCCCUUGCCAUGCGAGGCUGUUGCCGUCAGUAAGAAGAAAGUGCUGGAAUUCGAGCGGGUGUUUCUCGACAACCUACCGUGUGCCGCCAUGUACGAGCGCAGCUACAUGCACCGCGACACCAUCACGCACGUGGCCGUCAGCAAGACGGAUUUCCUCAUCACAGCCAGCCAGGAUGGACACGUGAAGUUCUGGAAAAAAAACGAAGGCGUCGGAAUAGAGUUUGCUAAGCACUUCCGCAGUCACUUGGGUGCGAUCGAGGACAUCUCUGUGAGCUCAGAGGGGGCACUGUUCUGCUCAGUGGGUGAUGAUCAGGCCAUGAAGGUGUUUGACGUCGUAAACUUCGACAUGAUCAACAUGCUGAAGCUUGGCUACCAACCUGGCUGCUCCGAGUGGAUCUACUCUCCGGGGGAGCCGGUGUGCGUGGUGGCGUGCAGUGAGAAGCUCACAGGGCGCGUGCACAUCUACGACGGGCGGGGCUCCAGCACUCCCCUGAGGACCCUUGAGAAGCUGCAUUCCUCGCCCGUGUGCCUGCUGUGCUUUAACCCCAUCUACAAGGUGGUUGUGUCGGCCGACAAGACGGGCAUGAUCGAGUACUGGACGGGGCCGCAGCUGGACUACGCCUUCCCACGCAACGUGGCGUGGCAGUACAAGACGGACACGGACCUCUACGAGUUUGCGCGUUGCCGCACGUGCCCAACGGCGCUGACUUUCUCUCCCGACGGCUCCCGCAUCGCCACCAUUGCGCUGGACCGCAAAGUGCGCAUCUUCCAAUUCCGUACGGGCAAACUCAUCCGGGUCUUCGACGAGUCGCUCAAGAUGUUCACAGAGCUCCAGCAGAUGAAGCAGCAGCUGCCAGACAUGGAAUUUGGGCGGCGCAUGGCCAGCGAGCGUGAGCUGGACAAAGUGGAAGCCGCUCGAUUUGCCAACAUCGUGUUUGACGAGACGGGGCACUUUGUACUCUAUGGUACCAUGCUCGGAAUCAAGGUCAUCAACAUUGAGACAAAUCGGUGCGUGCGGAUCCUGGGCAAGCAGGAGAACUCGCGGCCGCUGCACGUGGCGCUGUUCCAGGGCGUGGCGCGCACCAAGCACGCCGCCCUGACGGUGGAGAUGAGGGCCUCCGACAACCCCGUGCUGAUGAGCGUGCAGAGCGACCCAACGGUCUUCGCGUCUGCCUUCAAGAAGAACCGCUUCUACAUGUUCACGCGGCGUGAGCCCGAGGACGCCAAGAGCCCCGAGUCGGACCGCGACGUCCUCAACGAGAAGCCGAGCAAGGAGGAGGUGAUGGCGGCAACGCAGUCGGAGGGGGCCAAGCGCGUGUCGGACUGCGCCAUCAUGCACACCACCUACGGCGACGUCACGCUGCGCCUCUACCCCUCCGAGUGCCCCAAGGCUGUGGAGAAUUUCUGCGUGCACAGCAAGAGCGGCUACUACAACGGGCACAUUUUCCAUCGCGUUAUCAAGGGCUUCAUGGUGCAGACGGGCGACCCGACGGGCACCGGCAUGGGCGGAGAGAGCAUCUGGGGCACCGAGUUUGAGGACGAGUUCCACCACACCCUGCGGCAUGACCGCCCCUACACCCUGAGCCUGGCCAACGCCGGGCCGGCCACCAACGGCUCGCAGUUCUUCAUCACCGUCGUGCCCACGCCGUGGUUGGACAACAAGCACACGGUGUUUGGGAGGGUCACCAAGGGCAUGGAGGUCGUGCAGAAGAUCUCCAACGUCAAGACCAACCCCAAGACGGACAAGCCGUACGAGGACGUCACCAUCAUCAGCAUCUCCAUCCGAUAGCGCAGCGAGGGGUACGAGAGAAGGGGGGGGGGGGGAACCCUUCUCUCUUUCUCUGCACUUGGCCGUCCACCUGGGAUUGUAAAAUAUCGCCUCUCCUCAUCGCAGAAUGGACCAGACUGUGGUUUCUAUUUUCUCUGUCUCGUUUGUUCGGCAGUGGUUUCACGUGGGAUGCGUGAGAAAGCACCUCAAAAUACCGAUCUUAGAUUAAGGUCAAGAGGUCGUCGGGGAAGAUGAUGUUUGUCACUUGCACCUUCUUACCGCUUGAUCCCACAGUUUUUUUGGAACAUCGAUAUCGGACAUCCCCCUCCCCCUUACGGACUCGUCGACAGCAUCCAGCUUCGUGUGUUCGCCUUGCCCUGCAGUUGGUUCUUAACAGUCGUCGUCACUAAAUUUUGAUUUAAAGUUUCCCUUCUACGUGACUUUACCGAAAGAACCAAUAAUAUAGUCGUCGUCACUGUCGGUUGUACGAUUCUACCGUGGUCACGGACCCCUUCCCCCUCCCCCCAGGUGUCAUUCCUCUGUCCCGCACAUGUGUCCCACCCAUCGCAGCCUCCACUUCCCCAUUGUGUCUUCAGUGCUCUCCUGCCAAGUUCCAUUCUGAGCUUGCAAGGUACUCCACCAAAUUGCGAAAUUGAUCAUGGGCAUAAAGCACUGACUUUAUAACGUCGCUGUCCAGUGCGUGAAGAAGCCAGACCUGAACCUCCAUCAAAGCCAACGGUCCUGAUUUAAGCUUUGAUGCUCGUAAGAACGCAGUGUUUGUACGGCCAUGUGGGUGCAUCAGCAGUUUGCCACAAGCAGCGGGGGAGAUCUUUGGAAGCUAGCAGAUUGCAGCUGGCUGUGCUGGAGUCCUCGGGGCCAGUGAAAGUUGGAUACGAUGGGAAUUUUACAGUGACCUUGUAGGUUCACCCGUCUAAAUCUCACCUUGCGCGCACACACCUGCCUGAUGCGCUUAAUUCGACUAAUGCAGUUUGCACGGCAACUAUUAAUCACUCGGCAAAAACUAAAGUGUUUGCGCACGCAAGUAUGCCGUGCUCAGGAACACCCUUUUUGGCAAAACAGGAUAUAGGAAGUUGCAAAGUUCACUGCUGUGGGCCAUUAGAUAUCCGCGGACCAAGUAACGCCGCGCUCGUUUUUCUACAAACAACAAAAACUCCAUGCGUUCGUCAAUAGCACCGCCCGAAAGAGGAAAUGAUAAUAAUAGGUGACGUUAUGGGCAAUGAAAAAGCAGGGCAUUUGCAUUGGACGUUAGCUAUAUAUUAUUUUUUUACGAAUGUGAGUUUUUGUCAUUUGUGCAAUCACUGCCAACAGCCUCGCAGUUUUUUUGUUUGGUCACCUUCAUUUGUGUUGAACAUGGUAGUGAAAAAUGAAAGUGCACAAACAGUUGAGUCCUGUCCUGUUUGAAUGAAGUCUGAUUCCAGAAAACAAACAGCUCUUGCCUUGGAGCUACAAACCUAAGCAGUUUGUUUCCCACACUGUCCAACACAAGUUUUAAGCUUUGUUAAUGAGAAGAUAAUGUUUUAAAAUCACUUCCCGGUGGUUGUCGGGUGGCUCAGGUGAGAGAACGGAGGUCCAUGGUUCGAAUCUGGAUUUCAGCCUCCUGUGAUCAAACUUGGGUGUUUUAAGUGGUCGCCAACACCUGCACGCAAAAAAUGUAUCAUGUUAAAUGUUGUUUUCCACUUAAUUUGGCUUAUUCCCACUGCGAAUUAAUUGAUUGUAACCGUCGUGCCAUAAACGUUAAGUUUUAUUGCCGUGUAACGAACACUCGGAGGCCUCGAGGGACUGGACAAUUCUGUGACUUCAUCUUUCGGGGGCCUUGCUGUUGACACGCUGACGCGCUGCUGCUCGCUGCGGAGUUGCAAAUGGAACUUUUAUCUCGUGACGCCAGUAACACAGUUUGUUGAAUGUAGUUGGAAAAAUGCAUCGCUACGGUAUGGCAAAAAAUGUAUCAGUCUGGUGCGGUGCAAUAGUUUAACAUCGCCCCAUUGAUGUGUUACAAUGUAAGUGAGCGCUAUGAAAGUGAUGGUAACAAAGUUCCAUUGUCACACACGACUAAAACGUCAAGAGUCCUUAGCACGGCAUCAAACUGAAGUCGGCCCGUGGCAGACGCCUUGGGUACGCAUCUACAAAGACGUUUGAAUUUCGAGUUGCGUUUCCCUAGCGCAUAUCGUCAACGCUCCGUCGUGCCAAAGUGUGAAGAGAAUGGCGUCUGUGGCGAGGAGGUACUUCCGAGGAUGUCCGAUGUCCUUAUGAUAAAAUUGCGUGCGUAGAACACGCCGCGUGCGAGCGUAUUGAAAGAGUGCCCUAUCGCGUGAUUGUUUUUAACAGAAAUAGCUUUCUUUUUACGUAUAAAUACAUUUUUUUUUCCACAAA